UUCUCAACCCCGUCUCUCUCGCGUCUGUCUAUUCCUUGGAGCCGUCCGCCGCCAGCCGCCCCCGCCGCCCACGCCACCGGCCACCCCCGCCGCCCCCGUCCGCCGCGGACGCCCCAGCCCCUUCCGUCGCGGCCGCGACCGCCCCUGCCUCGGCCCGCCUACCAGAGGUCCUCCUCCUUCGGGGACGAUGUCGUCGUCGUCGCAUAAGCGCAUUCCAGAAAGCACAUGAUUGUCUUCUGCCCAUGGGAAUUACUUCUAAAAAUAUUGCCCAUCGAUAUGGUGUAACCAGGCAAGAGCAAGAUCAGACCGCCGUGAGUUCCUCAUUAAGCAUCAACUGCAAUUCCAGUCAAGUGAGUGAUGGUGCUGGAGCUGUUCUUCUCAUGAAAAGAUCUGUGGCUCUUAAGAAAGGGCUGCCCAUUCUUGGUGUUUUCAGGAGCUUUGCCGCUGUUGGAGUGGAUCCAGCUGAUAUGGGCGUUGGUCCUGCUGUGGCCAUUCCUGCUGCUGUGAAGUUUGCAGGCCUUGAAAUUGGAGACAUUGAUUUGUUUGAACUGAAUGAGUUUGUCUAUUGCUGCAACAAGUUGGGACUGGACCGUUCUAAAGUAAAUGUAAAUGGAGGCGCGAUUGCCCUUGGACACCCUCUGGAUGCAACAGGUGCCCGAUGCAUGGCUACUCUUCUAAAUGAAAUGAAGCGCCAGGGCAUAGACUGCAGAUUUGGUGUUGUCACCAUGUGUAUCGAUUAGUCUUACUUAUCAGUUAUCACAUACUAACGUGUAUAGGCAAAGCAUGUCAACGCAUAGAUGUAAUUUGAUCUUCUGUAGUUGACCAUGAUGCGUCGUAACAAUUGCAGGAUCUGGAAUGGGGGCAGCAGCUGUGUUCGAGCUGUGUUCAGCCCGACUGGAGGUAUCGACCAUCACUUAUCACCGUAACCCGAUGGUGAUCGGCGACCGUGAGCUUCCAUGUUAUUGUGUUCUGAUACUUGAGACUUUUAUUAUGACUAUGUAUGAGAUAUUGUCUCUUAUUAGUACUGGAUGAUGAGAUGUGUCUUAUUAUGACUAUGGAUGAGACUUUUGUGAUGUAAUUGAUGAGACAAUGGAUGGGACUUUUGUGAUGUAA